UGGCAGAAAAUGGAUAGACAUAAUCUUGGGCAUUCGUAUUUCAUGCCCUUCUAGUAAAGUGUCUGUAUCAUUUAUUUAUCAUUUAUUUGGUGGAAAGACAGGCAGAGAUUUACAAUAGAAGCCGGAAAAGAGAGGGAAAAUGUGUGGCAACUCGGAUUCUACGGGACAUGAAAGUGCAGACGAUGUCAACAUAAAUAUUAUACGAUGUCGUUGGACGAUAUCUCCUGCCUCUAGAAUAAAAAGGACUCUUUGUAUAGAUGAAGAGAUAGGCCGUGAUGACAUAUUUAUUGUACGGGUGUUAUGAAUGCUACUGCUGCUCGUCAUUUAUUGAGCAGCGCUCUGGCCAAGACGAAAUCAAUUGUUGUUAAAAUGUCGACAUUCCAAGGUGCCAAGGAUCUUUUCGGCGGAAUCAUUGUGCGCUCGAGCGAAGAGCCACAAGAAAGGAACCGAAUGGAGCAGCUUCUUAAAGAAUCUCUGCAAGUCUGGUCCACCACUGGAGUUCGUGGAGUCUGGUUUGAAGUGGAACCAACCUCUGCUGAAUGGAUUCCAGUAUUAAUUCAGAAUGGCUUUUCUUUCCAUCACGCAAACCCAGAGUUGAGUGUGUUGCUCAAAUGGUUGCCUUCUGACGAACCUUGUCAAGUGCCUAGUUAUGCACACACAAUGGUAGGCGCUGGAGCCAUGGUUGUCAAUGAUAAGAAUGAGGUUCUUGUGGUUCAGGAAAGGUAUUACAAAAGACCACACUGGAAACUCCCUGGUGGUUAUGUAGAUCCAGGGGAAAGUAUUGCUACUGCUGUCAAGAGGGAGGUGUUUGAGGAGACUGGUAUUAAGACAGAGUUCGUUUCACUCGUUGCCGUGCGGCAUUUGCAAUCAAGAGAGAAGAAUCCAAGUGCAAGGUUCGGCUGUUCAGACAUUUAUUUCGUGACUUAUCUCAGACCUGUUGAAGGUAGCACAGAAAUCAAAAUGUGUCCUCGUGAGCUCAGCGACGCUUGUUGGAUGCCGCUGAAAGAAUAUGCGACUCAUCCGCUUGCCUUCGAAGUUGGGAAAAUCUUUGCUACUCAGUUAAUGGCGAUUGCCGAUGGCGAUAAUUCCGCAAUCAACUGCCUGGAAUCUAUCCAUCAAUUGACUAAUAGCAAUAGCCAAAUUUACUUAGUUGAAGGAAAACAAAAUUUUAAACUGUAAUGUGUUCUGGAUUACGUUCUAGUAUUUUGUUUUAGUGCCUGUUACCGGAAUCAGAUAACGCAUUAUAUUUAGCUUGAAUUGUUGUUAUAACAAAUUAGAUAUGCAGAUAGGUAAAUUACUGCCCAGUUCCCAUAAUCAUGUAGAAUUAAUCUGAAAAUACAGGUUAUGAAUGUUUAAA